AUGGCUCAGCACGCGGCAAAACGCCUCAAGGUCGACCUCGACCUCACCGUCGCCUCCUCAUCGCUCACAACCUCGACGACGCGACACAGCUCGAGGACGACGACGAGCGCGCGCACGAGCACCGCCAGCACGACCGUAACCGCUACUGCUACCUCUCCAGCGCCCAGACUCGCAUCUAUCUUCGCUCCGUCCGCGCCGAGCAAGGGCAAGUGGUGCAAGAACCUCGGAGGAAGCGAUAAGGGCAAGAUGGGUUGCGGGCACUACGUGUGGGGCCAGCCAAAGGGCAGUGCAAAGGUGGCAGCCUUCGACUUGGACGGCGUGGUGAUCAAGACUCCGAGCGGACGUGUCGUUGCGAAGGAUCAGAAUGACUGGGGCUUUUGGGCGACACAAGUCUCGCGCAGGAUCCGCGAGCUUCACCAGCAAGGAUACGCCAUCGUCAUCCUCACGAACCAAGCGCUGAACGAGUCGAGCAAGAUCGUCUUCAAAGCCAAGCUCCCGCUCAUCUGCAGCGCGCUGGACGUCCCGCUGCACACUUUCGCAGCCUGGGGUCGCGACGAAUACAGGAAGCCGGCGCCGGGCAUGUGGAAAGCGUAUGUCGAGCAAUUCAACGAGGGCAUCGCGAUCGACUAUACCGACUCGUUCUUCGUUGGCGACGCGGCUGGCAGGCCCGGCGACCAUAACGACUCGGACCGGAAGCUCGCCAUCAACUGCGGCCUGCGCUUUUUCACGCCCGAGGAGUUUUUUCUCGGCGCGCCGGUGAGCCAGAACUGGUCGCUCACCGGCUGGGACCCCUCGACCUACGACCACAACGCCCCGCUCUACUCGCCCGCCUCUUCGCCGCUCCUCCCCCGCCGCCUGUCCGAAUUCGACCAGGAGCAGCCGCCUGAAGUCAUCGUCUUCGUUGGAUACCCUGGCUCGGGCAAGACCAGCUUCUUCAAGAAGCAUUUCGAGCCGAAGGGUUACAUCCAUGUCAACCAGGACACGCUCAAGACGCGCGAUGCCUGCGUCCGCCUCGUCCGCAAAUGCCUCUCUUCGACUCCGCCCAAGAACUGCGUCGUCGACAACACCUCUCCCGCCUCGUCUACCCGCGCCGAGUACAUCUCGCUCAUCCGCUCCGAAUUUCCCGACGUCAAGAUUCGCUGCUUCCACUUCACGGCUGGCGUCGAGCUUGCGAUGCAUAACAGCGUGUACAGAGCGUUGUAUGAUGCGGCUGACAAGGGGAACGGGAAGAAGAGGGAGGUGUUGCCGGAGAUUGCGUUCAGCUCGUUCAGGAGCAGGUUUGAGAUGCCGACGCUCGCUGAAGGCUUUGACGAGCUGAAGCGCAUCAACUUCAAGUUCGACGGGACGCCCGCACAACUCGCCAACUGGCAGCAGUGGCUCGCCGACAUCUACCCCCACUCGGCGCGCGGUAUCACCAAGCCCAAGACCUCGUCCUCGUCUUCCGGCAACUCGAAGAAGCGCGGUCGCAAGUGA